AUGCGCACUUCCUCUUCGCCAGUUCUGUCCCCGUCGUCGUCACCCUCUCGCUCCCCUACCUUCGAGCUCGCUUUGCGGGUCGGGGGCACGGGAUUCACUUUGUCACUUUCUCGCACCCAUUUCCCUUUUAUGCAGCUGCAAAAAGAUGCGUUCAUUUUAUCCUUGUUGUCGAGUUCCGACAUCGAAAAGUUCCAGUCGCCUCUUGAGUUGUGCUUGGCGUUCAUUGAAUUUCUUCUUGACCAGGACAAAAUCCUCCGCUCGACAUUGGCUGCCGUUUUUCAAGCAUUCAAGUAUGAAUUCUUGCGCGACGAGGAUGAGAUCCAUGGCAUAGUUGCUCAAUUAAUGGUAGCUCCCAGCGAACGACAGCGAUGGCUAGGAAUCUAUUACCGAGCUGUCGAAACCACAGGUGGCGAGGGUUCUGACAGUGGCUUCCAAAACCGGAUAAGUGCGCUACUCAGUCACGCUCAAUGCAGCCGAUUUCACUUGAUGGCUGUCUUUGGUGGCCAAGGGGAUGCGAGUCGUACGUGCGCCCAAGAACUGGCAGACCUCUAUCUCACCUACCGACCGAUGCUCCAACCGUUUGUGGAGACUAUCUCGACUCUUCUUCGCAACCUAUCUGGCCUUCCGGACUCAUGGUUUUACUACCGCGGAUGCUCUCUAGACCUGGAAACAUGGGUCAAUGACACCUCCACGAUUCCUGGAAGCGAACUAAUAGCCCAAGCUCCGAUCAGCGUCCCGGUGAUUGGUGCCUUGAGCCUGGCUCGAUAUUGCGUUACCUGUCGCAUCUUGGAUCUCAGCCCAGGUGAACUACGCGCCCUUUUUUGUGCCACGACCGGCCACUCGCAAGGCCUACUGAUAUCAACCACUAUUGCCAUGUCCGACUCGUGGGAUUCAUUCUAUGAAAACUCCCUCUUGGCGGUUGAAGCGCUGUUCUGGCUUGGCUGGGAAUGCCAUCGAGGAGUGCCGCACAGCUCUGUCCCAGCAUCAAGGACUGAUCAUAACGAAGAUCAAAUCAUGCCUUCCUAUAUGCUUAGUGUCAGAGGAGUCACGAGGCAACAGCUGGAUGGCAUUCUCAACCGUAUCAACAGAGCUUUGCCAGAAAAAAGCCAAAUUUUUCUUGCUCUGGUCAAUGCUAGAGAUCAAUUUGUGGUAGCUGGCCCGGCUGCCUCUUUGGUUCAUCUUGACAACCAUCUCUCAAGCAUUGCGGGUUCCAAUAAAGACCAAAGUCGAAUUCCUUCGAACAGUCGAACGCCGACGAUCCAACAUGGAUUCCUUCCGAUCAGUACGCCAUUCCAUACGCCGUACCUCGAGGAUGCAGCCACUGCACUGAGGAGGCGACUUGGUGACCGAGAGAUCUUGGCGGAGCAGCUCAAGAUCCCGGUUUAUCACACGCUCACCGGACAGGAUCUGCGAAAGGCAAACGGGAACAUAUUACACACCGUGCUAGAUGCCAUUGCCCAAGAAGUUUGCGACUGGCCAACAGCGCUAUCUGGUCAGUGCCAACUACCAGAAUACUUGGGCCCAUCGCAUAUCAUCGUUCUUGAUCGUGGUGGGCUCGGGCCAAUGGUAAAAAGAACCGUGGAAGGAAAGGGAAUCAGAGUGAUCCAAGGCAGUGAUAUCGACUCGCGCGAUCCGGAGAUGGGAACCAUGCGAGAUUUGUUCUCUCCACGUCUUCUGGACACCUCAGCAAGACUUCAGAGUUGGGGACAGAAGUUCCAGCCACGUCUGAUAGGUGGGUCGACCAGUCUAGAGACGCGCCUCACUCGUUUACUAGGUACCCCUCCAGUAAUUGUGGCUGGGAUGACACCGACUACCGUUCAUUGGGACUUUGUGUCUGUCAUCAUGAACGCCGGGUAUCACGUGGAAUUGGCUGGCGGGGGCUAUCGCAACAGCUCUGAUAUGGCAACAGCUAUCGAUAAUCUGGUUGCCAACAUUCCUCCCGGUCGAGGUGUGACAUGCAAUCUCAUCUAUGCAAACCCCCGUGCAAUGCGUUGGCAAAUCUCGCUCUUACGUCGCCUAUCGCACAGUAGAGUCCCUAUCGAUGGGUUGACAAUAGGGGCCGGCGUUCCGUCUUUAGAGGUCGCGACCGAGUAUAUCACCACUCUGGGACUGCGACAUAUUGGCUUCAAGCCAGGUUCACUAUCGACAAUAAGACAGGUUGUGGAUAUUGCCAAAGCACACCCGGACUUCCCAAUAAUUCUCCAAUGGACCGGGGGUCGCGGAGGGGGCCAUCAUUCCUUCGAGGACUUCCACGCGCCUAUCCUCGGCAAUUAUGGGCUAAUCCGGCAGUAUCCAAACAUCUACCUGGUGGCUGGCAGUGGAUUCGGCAGCAGUGAAAGUGUCUACCCUUAUAUCACCGGAAAAUGGUCACUUGAGUUUGGGUACCCGUGUAUGCCAUUUGAUGGUGUGCUACUGGGAAGUCGCUUGAUGGUUGCUCGAGAAGCCCACACCUCCCACGCCGUGAAAGAAAUCAUUUCCAAUACCCCAGGGGUCAAGGACAGUGAAUGGGAGAAGACCUAUAGUGGCCCCGCUGGUGGUGUUAUUACCGUUCAAUCCGAAAUGGGCGAGCCGAUUCACAAGAUUGCCACCCGAGGCGUUCGGCUGUGGGCGGACAUGGACCGGAGGGUAUUCAGCUUGCCUCGUCAGGAUCGCGUUCCAUACUUGACAAAACACCGUGAUUCGAUCAUUCAGCGGCUGAACACAGACUUCGCAAAGCCGUGGUUUGGCCGCGACUCCCAACGCGAUGUGGUUAACCUGGAAGAGAUGACAUACGCUGAAGUGUUAGACCGGAUGGUCGAAUUGAUGUACGUUCGCCAUCAAGAGCGGUGGAUCGACCCAUCAUAUCUUGGCUUCACCAUGGCCAUUGCUUCUCGAGCUUUAGAGCGAUUGCCUUGUGUCUCUGGGGAUCUGGAGAAUAGACUUUCACGUGCGCUUCUUUCGAGCGCUCCAGCGCAGUUCCUACGGAGAUUUGUCGACGCCUGUCCCACUUCCACCGAAGAGAUUAUGAACCCGGAGGACGUGUCUUUCUUCCUGCUACAAAGCAAGGUGCCUGGCCAAAAGCCCGUCAACUUUGUACCUGCUCUCAACGAGGACUUUGAGUUCUACUUCAAGAAGGAUUCGCUCUGGCAAGCAGAGGAUAUCGAUGCCGUUGUGGACCAAGAUGCAGAGCGCGUAUGCAUCCUCCAAGGGCCUGUGGCAACCCAGUAUUCUGUUGGGUACGAAGAAUCGGCCAAAGAGAUCCUAGAUUCCAUCACGAAUGGCAUCAUUGAUCGAAUGCAGAGUGACGCUAUGACUGAAGUGUCAACCCCUGGCCCGGACAGCGGGCUAAUAACGCCGGACUCUUGGUCCUCAAUAUCGGGCGCGAAAGAGAUUGCUAUUGAGGAACUCUCCGUUUCAUCCACUGCCGUGUCUGAAUCCAGUGAUGAUCGUCCUGUGUCCAUUGGUGCAGUAACAGUCGGCACAUCUCGAAGCUGGCCACCUUGGGCGCGUGCUUUGUUCGGGGAGAGGGUACUAUUGCGCAAUCGAUCCCGCCAGAAAAAUCCCUUUCAGCAUUUUCUUGUGUCGUAUCCAGACGCAUUGAUGCGAUAUGAUGUGGAUCGGUCCGAGUUGUGCGUGACCGUGCAGGAUGCUUGCAAAUCGACCUCGUUGAUGAAAAUGACUUGCCAAGGAGGAACUGAUAUUGUGGUUGACAUCUACCCCGCUAAGUCCGACCCUCUGCAGUUGGUCUAUCGCUUUGACUCGAAUGGCAUUCCGUUCUGUCUUCUUGAAGUCACGGAGUAUCGGAACGAGAGGGUCAAAUCCUUCUACAGUCAGCUUUGGUUUGAGAUGGAUCUUCCUUCUGCCAGGAUCCAUGAUACAUUCCGUGGGAGUGAGAUGACUCUUACUCGGGAGCUUGUGAAUGAAUUGACCGCAGCUAUUGGUCCAGCAUUCCCGGACGUGCAACUGAUAAUACCAGACUCGGGUAUCGUGCCGGUCAGCAUGGGAAUUGUCAUUGCCUGGGAUGCCAUCAUCAAACCUCUCGUGAUCCAUGAACUUGACGGCGACUUGCUGCAGCUGGUCCACCGAUCCAACGCGUUUGAGUAUUGCCCUGGUGCAAGUGCCCUUCGGAUUGGAGAUAGUGUAAGCUGUCACUCUAGGGUUCAGGGUGUAUAUGUGGAAAAUGCCGGCAAGGUAGUCAUUGUCGCGGCGCAGAUCGUCCGGUCAGGUGAACCGGUCAUGACUGUGACCUCAUCAUUCUUAUUCCGAGGCACGUUCGAUUCUGCCGAAACCAACUUCAAACGAACCAAAGAGGCAGACUGGAGCUUGGACAUUCGAUCGGACUUGGAUGAGACGGUCCUUCGGCGGCGAGGGUGGUUCCACGUGUAUGACAGUGCUAGCCCACUUGUGGGCAAAUCCCUGAAAUUCAGCCUGGAGACUUAUGCUGUGAUGAAAGAAGGGGGGUUCAGGAAGUUGCACGUUACCGGCACCGCGCUCUCCCAGGGGAGAGGCCAUCAGUGGGAAGAAGUCGGAACCGUGGACUUUGAGUGCGACCACUGUGUUGGGAAUCCAGUCUUGGAAUUCCUGGAGCGCAAGGGCACUCCGUGGAGCCGUCAGACCUCAUUCAAGACACCGGGAUGGUCGGGCCCGUCGUCCCUUGAAGUCCAAAUGCCAGCCAGUAACCAGCCCUAUGCGGAAGUGUCCAAGGACUUCAAUCCGAUUCAUGUGUCGUCGAUUUUCGCCGCCCUCGCCGACCUUCCGGGUACCUUGUGUCACGGAAUGUGCACGUCGGCCAUUGCGGUUGCAGUGUUUGAGCACCUGGUGCUUGAGGGCGAUCGAUCCCGCCUCCGGCAAUUCAUGGCGAGUUUCACUGGCAUGGUCAUGCCGCUAGAACGCCUAGUUAUACGGCUGAAGCACACGGGAAUGAUAGACGGGCGUAUGCGGUUUGCGAUCGACGUAGUCCGGAAGGAAAAUGAGGAACGAGUACUGGAGGCUGAAGCCGUCGCCGAGCAGCCUGCGACCGCUUACCUGUUCACCGGCCAGGGCAGUCAAAGCAAGGGAAUGGGGAUGGAAUUGUACAAGUCGAGCGCAGUGGCGAAGUCGUUGUGGGAUGGGAUUGACGCACAACUGUAUGAGUCGUACGGGUGGUCUGUCCUGGACAUUGUUCGAAACAACCCCAAGUCGGUUACUGUUCACUUUGGAGGCAAGCGGGGACGUCAGAUCAGACAAAACUAUCUCGCCAUCACCACGGAGACCGUGCUCCCCGACGGUACACGUGUUGAGACACCCGUUCUCUCUGAUCUCACGGCCUCAUCGACAUCGUACACCUUCAACGACCCCCGGGGAUUAAUAUAUUCGACCCAGUUUGCCCAGCCAGCAAUCCUUCUGUUCGAAGCGGCAGCUGUAGCCGAGCUGCGCAGCAAGGGGUUUAUGUCGCCCGACGCGAUGUAUGCCGGCCAUUCGCUGGGGGAGUUCGGGGCGUUGUCGGCGCUGUCACGAUCCGUGCCGAUGGGGGCCCUGGCCGAGCUGGCAUUCUACCGGGGGCUGAUGAUGCAGGCGUCUGUUUCACGAGGGGGACAGGGGGCGGCUUACGGGAUGGUGGCCGUCAACCCGAAGCGCGUGGGCAACUUACUCGAUGAAACGGCUCUCCGCAGCCUAGUCCGCGCGGUGGCCCUGGCCAGCCAGGAGCUGUUGGAAAUCGUCAACUUCAACGUGCAAGGGGAGCAGUACGUGUGUUCGGGAACGGUCACAAAUCUGUGGGUCCUCGGACGACUGAUGGACCACCUCGCGGACGACAAGGGGGAUCCGGUGGAUGGCACCGCUCAACACGACGGUGUGAUCGUACGGCUGCUCUCCGAGGCGAAGGGUCUGGCACGCCCCAUCCAGCUGCAGCAAGGCCGGGCCACGAUUCCCCUAGCGGGGAUCGACGUGCCGUUCCACUCCAGCCACCUGCGGUCGACGGUGGACCGGUUCCGGCAGUGCUUGCUGCGGCCGGGGUUCCUGGAGGGCAAUGUGGACCUGCAGGGGUUGGAGGGGAGGUUUAUCCCGAACGUGAUGGCGAGACCGUUUUCGGUGGACGAAGAGUAUAUCCGGGAGGCAUACGAGCGGACGCAGAGUCCCAUCCUUGGAGGGAUACUCGGGGAGGUGUAAAUAGAAUAAACUAG